CCCGGGAUACACGAGGCUAGUUUUGUAAGCUAGGAUAGCAAGCUAGGUAAGCUAGAUAACUGUCCUGGCUUGCUGUCCUCGCUUGGAAGAUGCUAGUGCUGUUUACAUGAUGCCAGUAAUUUUAACCCAGCCAAGCCAGUACCAUUGCAGACGGUUGACGGUACAAAAACAGUUACUUCGGAAACUAUGUCAAUUUGCAUUAGACGAAUUACUAGAAGAUGUAUUAGAAAAACGUGUAUGGACAAGACCAUGGCUUUUAAGAAGGAAUGAACGUGGAUCAUCUGCUUUACUUUUAAAAGAACUUUGCAAUAACGAUAUAGGCGAGUACAAGAGUAUUUUGCGAAUGACGCCCGAUAUGUUUGAUAUUCUGUUGAGUCUUGUGACGCCAAAAAUACAAGGAAUGGAUACAAUAAUGAGACAGGCGUUACCUGCAAGAAUAAAAUUGGAGAUCACUUUAGAUUUUCUUUCGUCCGGUAUUAGUUACAGGAGGCUUAGUCACUUUUAUCGGGUUUCAAGAUGUGCUAUAGGCAAAUUUAUACCAGAAGUAUGUGUCGAAAUCUACAAGGUAUUGGAAGAAAACAUUAAGAUCCCUACUAAUUUCGAAGAAUGGGCGGAAAUAGAAAAUGGAUUUAGAAACAGAUGGAAUUUCCCAUUUUGCUACGGUGCCAUUGAUGGAAAGCAUAUUCAAAUUUUAGCUCCUGUUGAUUACGACUAUUGUUUUCGAUAUAUAGAUGUCGGAGCCUGUGGAAUGUCAUCAGAUGGAGGUGUAUUUAAAAAUUGUUCCAUAUAUAAUAAACUGGAGAAUAAUCUUUUACCAAAUGGUGGAGUGAUUGUCACUGAUGCCGCAUUUCCUUUAAAAUCAUACAUUUUAAAACCUUAUCCAGGCGACAACUUAACAUUGCCACAGAAAGUUUUCAAUUACCGACUAUCCAGAGCCAGACGUGUAGUGGAAAAUGCCUUUGGGAUAUUGGCAAGCCGAUUUCGUGUAUUUCAAAAACCAAUAGCAGCUAAUGUAGAUACAGUGGAUAAAAUUGUAUUAGCAGCAUGUGCUUUGCAUAAUUGGUUGAGAAAAGAAAAUCGAAACACUUAUCUAACCAGCAGUGAUGUCGACCAUGAAGAUAUUGAAACAGGAAACUCCCCUCUUGGCUCAUGGAGAACAGAUACAGAAGGUUUACAAAGCAUAUGUCACCAAGGAAGUAACCAUUCUUCGAUUUCAGCAAUCCAGAAAAGAGAAACCUUUAAAAACUACUUUAACAAUAAAGGUGCUGUGCCUUGGCAAUCAAGAAUGAUAAGAUAAUCAUUAAUUUUUAUACCUAAACUGAAGUAUUGUUCAAGAGUGAUUCUUCUGUACGCUUGUACUACAUACUACUUUAUUCUGUGCUGUAGGUAUAAUAAAUAGAUAAUAAGUAAUACUUAAUAAAUAAAUAAUGAAUGAAAACAAUUCACUUACCGUUGUUUUUCUUUUCAUUGGUACAUUUUUAAUGAAACUGUGCAUUUCCUUGAACCAAUUUAACUUUGACGUAUAUUCCUCUUGAGAACCAGCUCCAGACCUGGUUGAUUUAUCAAUUUUUGACAGUUCUUGACAAUAAGUUGCUCUUAAAUUUUUUAUUUUAUUUUUUACUUCUUUGGUAUUCAUUUGUAUACCCAUUGUCAAUAAUUCGCCACACAUUUUUUGUAGUGCUGAAUCUCGCAUAGAUUUGUCUUUAUAAGACGGAAUGGUAGCGUUCCAUAGACAUUCCUUCUCACGGUACAAUUGUACAAACUUUAAAUUUAUUUCGUUACUUAGUUUCGGCAUCUCGUUGCAGAAACAUACGUAGUUGCAGUCAGACAAACAAAACCGCGUG